AUGACUGAUAAGUCUUCGCUGGCAAAUUCGAUUCAAGCGUUUCCAAUCAUUCGGCAACCCACGACGACUUCACAAUUUUCAGCUGCUCCACCAUGUCGCCACCGUCGACGAUGCAGCAUCAGAGGCUUCUCUCAACAAAAACAUUGCUACCAAAAAAACCCUAAAAGUCAGGAACGAGGAUGUCUGCCACCGAUCGAACCAUCUUCAGAAAGACCGGAGUUUAAAAAUUUCCAGCUUUUUGAGCGACGACCUCCUCUGGAGUACAAACCACCUCCUGAGAAGAGAAAAUGUCCACCAUACACAGGCAUGGCCCAAUUUGUUAGCCACUUUGCUGAGCCCACUGAUCCUGAAUAUGCUCCACCAGUAGUAAAGGGUGAAACACUUGGCCAAAGGAGGGCUAGGAUUCACCAGUUACGUACAAAUUUCGAGUUUAUAACCUUAACAUUGUCAUUGUGGUUGACAUUUGUUCAUUUCGAUGACAGGGAUCUUUCAUACAAUUUCUUUAAUGGAUUCAUUCCUGAAAGCCUUGGGGGUUUAACAUCAGUUCGAAUAUUGAAUCUGAAUGGGAACUCCCUAUCAGGAAGAGUCCCAGCUGCAGUAGGAGGGACGCUUUUACACAGAGCAAGUUUCAAUUUUACUGAUAAUAAAGUUAACAGUUCUUAUCCUCCUGUUGCUAAGGCACAAGUGGUGGGUUGGCCUCCAGUUACAUCUUUUUACAAGAACAUUUUGGCUACAAAUUCAAAUAACAAUGAUGAGGUGGAUGGGAAGCCUGGACCUGGUGCUUUACAGUCAACCUACAGACAGAAUCAUUAAUUCCGUGGAAUGAAGGGACGAUGGGAAUGGAGCUUCAAGCAGUGGAAGUAAGCAUAAAAAAUCUUAUUUUUUCACAUUCAUUAAUCUCGAUUCUUGAUUUUGUGAUGUUUUUAAAGACACCCGUAUUGAGUAAUUUGCCAAAAAAAAAGGAUAAAAGAUAAAGGUUGUCAUUUAAAAAAGAUUGGUUUUGUUUAAUUUGUUAAUAAUUUUCAACUUUUAAAAGCUCGAUUUCUAAUCCUAAUUUUCUAAUUGUUUUUUCUUUUUUUUACCUUGACCAACAAAAACAAGUGCAUACAUAUUGUUUUGUAAAUACCUAUAAUUCGAUUCAGUUUUCAUCUUCGUGAGAAUCAUAUUCAAUGACAUUUUUCAUACUAAAUGGUGAAAAGAAGCUAAACUGUGAAGACUGAUGUAUGUAUUUUUUUGUUUUUUAUUUCUUAUUACUAGAUAAAAGAAUAAUAACAAGUUUAACAAAUAGACACACUUGCUGAAAUGAGAACUUAAAUAAAAAACAAAUGUAAUCAAAAGCAAAUAAAAAAAUCCAAAAAUAAUUACGAGAUUACCCCUUGGUUAUUUCCAUUUUCAAUCCAGCCCUUUUUCCACAUAAGCUGCCUCCUGCACCUUUGGCAAAUCGAUUUCUUUUCAUUGAUGGUGAGAAUGGGUGUUAUAUGUUGGAUCCUUAGAUGGAUCCCGUUAUUUUAAAAUACUCAUGUCAGUUCGAUUAACGCAAGUAUGUUGGACAUUCACAACCACAGGAGUUCCCUGGACAAAGGAAGAACAUAUGACGUUUCUACUGGGGUAAAAGGAGCUGAUGCAAGUUGAUUGGUAAAUUGGUCAAAAGAUGAUUUUUUUUUUUGUUUUUUCGCAUCAAUUGAAUGUUUACACAUAAUAGCAAUGUACUUUACUAUGGAUAUCAAUGCAAGCAACAUAUUUCAUUUGACAAAA